AUGGCUUCGGUACAGCUCCCACCUUUCAUUACUACGCCGGUCGACGAUAUCCCUUCGAUCGUCAACCGGGUACGCCAAACUUUCUACUCCCAGAAGACCCGCCCUCUUGACUUCCGUCUUCAGCAACUCCGCAAGCUCUACUGGGCAAUCACUGAUCAUGAAAAAGAGUUGGUGGAAGCAUGCCAGCAAGACCUGGGUAAGGGCAUUUUCGAUGCCAUGGUAUCUGAAAUAGACUGGGUGCGAAAUGACAUUAUCUUUGUUACCAAGAACUUGAAGAAAUGGGCAAAAGACGAAAAGCCUGCUGACAUUGCACUAUCCAACCGUCUGAUGAGCCCAAGGAUAAGGAAGGAUCCCUUGGGCGUGGUGUUGGUCAUCGGAGCCUUCAACUUCCCUGUCAACCUUUCGUUUGGUCCCAUGAUAGGUGCGAUCGCUGGUGGAAAUACCGUCGUCCUGAAGCCAUCCGAACAAUCCUCCAACUGUGCUGCCGUAAUGCAAAAGAUUGUGCAAGAAGCUCUUGACCCCGAUGCCUACACAGUCGUGCAAGGUGCCAUUCCUGAGACCUCGGCACUUUUGGAACAGAAAUGGGACAAGAUCUUCUUUACCGGCUCCGUCCGUACUGCAAGAAUUGUCUCGCAGGCCGCCGCCAAGAACCUGACGCCAGUUGCACUCGAGUUGGGUGGCCGGAACCCGGCUUUUGUUACAAAGAAGGCCGAUGUUCGCUUGGCCGCUCGGCGGUUGCUAUGGUCAAAGACCAUGAAUGCUGGCCAAGUAUGCAUUUCUCAGAACCACACCCUCGUCGACAAGGAGGUUGUGCCAGUAUUUAUCGCCGAGAUGAAGGCUGCUUUGAAGGAAUUUUAUCCAGAUGGCGCGAAGAAGAGUGCGGACUAUGCCAGAAUUGUCAAUGACGCAUCCUUCAACCGAAUCAAGAAGAUGUUAGACAAGACCGGAGGUAAGAUCGUCGUUGGUGGAACGAUGGAUGCUGAGCAGCGCUUCAUUGAGCCGACGGUGGUGCAAGUGUCGAGCCCCAGCGAUGCUCUCUUGACCGAGGAAUCGUUCGGACCGUUGAUACCCAUUCUUCCAGUCGACGACCUGGAUCAAGCGAUCAAAAUCGCCAACGAACUGCAUGAAACACCACUAGGAGUCUACGCAUUUGGAUCCAAGGCUGAAACAGACAAGAUUCUCGCAGGCACACGUUCUGGGGGUGCCACAGUCAACGACGGGUUUUUCCAUGGCAUCAUUCCUACGUUGGCCUUUGGUGGUGUUGGUGACUCGGGCACCGGAGCAUAUCGUGGGAAGGCGUCCUUUGACUGCUUCACACACGCGAGAUCCAUUGCCCGAACACCGAGCUGGAUGGAGAGUCUCUUGGCAGUGAGAUACCCACCCUACGCGGGCACCGACAAACUCAAGCAGUUUAACAGGAUGGGAAAGCUUAGUCCCAAUUUCGAUAGAGAGGGGAGAGAAAAGUUGAGUCUCUUUUGGUAUAUAGCCACCCUUGGUGCAGGAAGCUUGUCUGGAGGUGCAAUCCGAGCAGCGGUGUUGUCAGGAUUUUAUGCGGUGUUGAGAGUCGUGCUGCAAAAUAAGUCGCUCAAGUUUGAGAGGAAGUGA